GAACAUGGGGGGCAAGCAGAGCACGGCGGCUCGCUCUCGAGGCCCCUUCCCGGGGGUCUCUACCGAUGACAGCGCCGUGCCGCCGCCGGGAGGAGCGCCCCACUUUGGGCACUACCGGACGGGCGGCGGGGCUAUGGGGCUGCGCAGCCGCUCGGUCAGCUCGGUGGCGGGCAUGGGCAUGGACCCCAGCACGGCCGGAGGGGUGCCCUUUGGCCUCUACACCCCCGCUUCCCGCGGGACCGGCGACUCAGAGAGGGCGCCGGGCGGCGGAGGGUCCACGUCGGACUCCACCUAUGCUCACGGCAAUGGUUACCAGGAGACAGGCGGCGGUCACCAUAGAGACGGGAUGCUGUACCUGGGCUCCCGAGCCUCGCUGGCGGAUGCUCUACCUCUGCACAUCGCACCCAGGUGGUUCAGCUCGCACAGUGGUUUCAAGUGCCCCAUUUGCUCCAAGUCUGUGGCUUCUGAUGAGAUGGAAAUGCACUUUAUAAUGUGUCUGAGCAAGCCCCGCCUCUCCUACAAUGAUGACGUGCUGACUAAAGAUGCGGGUGAGUGUGUGAUCUGCCUGGAGGAGCUGCUUCAGGGAGACACGAUAGCCAGGCUGCCUUGCCUGUGCAUCUAUCACAAAAGCUGCAUAGACUCCUGGUUUGAAGUCAACAGAUCUUGUCCAGAGCACCCUGCUGACUGACCCUGCUGGGCUGGCUUGCUGACUCCUCUCAAAGUACCCUGGUACCUUGAUUUCCUUGCCGAAAAAAGAAAAGGAAGAUGAAGAAGAGCCCAUCAAGGACGCUUCCCCUUCCAUUCCCAGUCUUUCCUGCCUUUCCUCCUGGAUCUGGUCCAAUCAGAGGAUUUAACAAUCACAAAUACACUGAAAAAAAGCCUGGACAUUUUUCUUAGGCCCUUGUGGUUUUGUUUUGUUUUCCCUUGAGAAAACAUAAGACUUAUUUAAAGGAACAUGUACUGCUCCCUGUUUUCAGGCACACUGAGAACAUUUUAGCCAUUGAUAUUCACACGUGGCAUCAGCCCAUGCAGGAUAGGUUUCUGUAUUUAUAUAUUAAAAUACAAAAAAAAGUUAUAAAAUAUUUUAAAAAUGUUCAAAGCUCGGGAGAAAAGCUUUUCAUCAGUCAAGGUGUUUUGAUAUGGUAUUAAAAUAAUAUCUAUAAAAGAUACACUGUGUGAUCUUAUUUUAAUGAAGUGUUGUACACAGUCAAGGAGUAGAGGGCAGAGACCAGUUCCCUCUGUCCACCUCCCCAGCCCAGCACUCCCUUAGCACCUGGAGUGGCUCUUAGCCACACCUGGGCCGAGGCUGGGCGAUGGAGGCUCAGGUAUGGCUUUCAAGUUUAUGAAUUCUUAAGUAACUGUCAGUCUACUGUCAUUGCUGAUUGUGAGGGAAUGUUUCUGGGAAGAUAGUCAGGGGCAAAGAUCUUGCAGUCAUCAGGUGCUGCAAGGAUGUGGGCACCUCCAGGUGCCAGCCCUGCCCACCCUUCACAGCCUCUGCUCCCCGUCUUGUAUUCAGCUUGCCCGAUGCUCCAUCCACAGCUCAGUGCUGACUCAUGGGCAUGCUUCGCUGAGGCCCAGAAAGAGGCCUUGGUUUGGAGCUGUGCCAGCUCACAGUGUCUGAACCAGAACCAGCCACUCAGCUCAUAAACGUUGGCAAAUUGCAGGCUAGGCAGGAAACUCAGGGCAGGGGCGGCAGUGCAAACCUGCCCUGUCUCCUAGCCAGGUUCCAGGAGUUGCAUUUCAGGGCCUCCUGCAGAGCCAGCUAAGAAAAGCUCUGGAGGGAGAUGGCUGCUACAUAUCUGUGCCAUGGCCAUUUCCAGACCUGCUCCUUGUACUGCUGCUUCAGGGCCCAGUCCCAACAGGCCCUCAAGUUUGGACUAUGCUACCAUUCUUGCUCUGAGGUCACCUUGCCUCAGAUGCCUCCUGAAGUACCUACUCUGUGCAGACAUUUGUCGGCCAGUGGGCAUGUGCGAGCCCAGGCAGGCAGGCAGGCAAGCAGGCUCAGAGAACUGAAUGCUUUAGAGUCUGAGUGUUGAGACCUCGGGACCUGAGCUGUGAGCACUGUUAAUACUAGAAACUGCAUUGUCUAUGCUGGGGCAUUUUACUUCCUGUCAGAACGGUGAGGCAGUAACUUCAUCUGAACUUGAUCCUUGCAUGUGAAGUGGGGACACGGUGAUGCAGCUCGGAGUGAGGGUCAGGGAUCUGCCCCAGAGGCCUGGCACAUACACAGCAGGCUUCCUUGUAGCUUUGUCACUGCAAAGGGCACUGUUCUAUCCCCAGCACCUCCAGCUUCUGCCUGGCAACUGCGUCUCCCUGUUCUAUAUAUAAUCCUACCAGCAGAACUGGCAGGGCAGGGCCCAGCCCUGAAAGCAAUCUCCUUGCCUGACCCCUGGGCCUGGAGACAGGCUUCAUGUGCCCACCUUGGCUAUGUGAGCCCAGCUGCUUUGGCGGAGCUGUGGCUGAGUCCGGUGGUUGAGUUGGUUGGGGCAGCGCUGGGCCCCACUCCGGGUGCUAUUCUAGGCUCUCUAGGCGGUGCUCAUCUCAUCCCCAGUGACUUCCGCCCCCACCCGGCACACCAAAGCCCUCUGUUGGCUGUCACAUCCUCUGGAUUUGGACCCAGAUUGCCUGUGCCUGGUGUGAGGGUGGAAUAGGCUUGUCUGGGCUUCCCAGGUGGCACUUGUAUUUGUCACCUGCCAUCCAGACCACUCUCUAGAACCCUCUGUUGCUCCUGCUCUGCCUUUCUGAGAGGGAGGAAAAUAUGGAAGAGCCAAAAGAUGGGUUCUUCCCCUUUGCGCCAGGAGCCCAGAAGGCCUUCUGAGAGCUCCAGGAGCCCCUUUUGGAAACCGCCCAU